GUGGCCGAUCAGCGGAGGCGAGUCGAACGAACGUUGACAGAGUAGCGGCGGAAAGCGAGUGUCCGGCGGGUUCUACGAGCAGAUUCCGUCAGCAACUGCACUGUUGUACUCUUGCCGAUCGAUGAUUGGCGCCCUCGCUUUUGCUGUAUGCAGCGGGUGGCUCGUCUAUCCGAGCUUUUGGCCGUUCCAUUCGGCGUCUGUCAAUGCGUUGGUCUUUAGCCAACAGUAGCAGCUCUGGGCUAGCGACUGAGCGGCGGAACGGCAAGACGACGGUAGCCGCAGAGUGACGGGGUCGAGCGGCGGUCAGCUCUCGCCAAGAGGCCAAACGUAGUCAAAAACAGAACACCAGGAGCAAGAUAGGGCAGGCGAGAUCACUAGAUCAGCCACCAGUGAGACAAUAACGGCAGUGGCAGCAGUUUCAGGUGACGCUAGCGGCAAUAUAAGUAGUCGCAAAGGCCCUCAAAAGAGCGCCCAGUAGUCAUAACAGAAACAACGGAUCGGAAGAGGAGUCAUUCAAGAAACAACAAGCAAGUUUACGACGACGACGCCGACAACGACAACAAUUUUAGUCCACGCGAUUAUCAUUAGAGCCGAAUUAUCUGACCUAGCCGAUUCGCAUUUGCUGAUUCCUGUGCACUUGUUGUCUAGCUACGCUCCAGUGGAGAUCUGGGUUACUAGUAACGAAGAAAAAAGCAAACGUAUUUCCGUGGUCAGUUCUGUAUGUUGGUAUCGUUUCAUUUCUCGUAUUCGAAGAAGGCGGGGAACGAAAAUGGAAAUCAGUGGUAGACGAGCUGGUGAAGAAUAAUAGAAGGGCGUCUGACUUUGUUUCUAGGGUAAAACAAAGUAAAAGGUCUUGUAUGUCCAUCGUAACAAUUAGUUCUGGAUGAUGCGUGAACCCUCUCCGUAUGAUUCGAGUUUGGCCACCGAAAUUCGAGAGAGAUGUUUGGAUGCGUUGGUUAACCUGAAACGGCAGAACAGGCACUAUCAGUACAUAGGACACCAACUGCCCCAGUUUUUACUGAUUAACUCUGAUUAUCAGUGAUGAUCAGGAUUAACUCUGAUAUAAGUGUCACCCAAACAAAAGUAGUAAAAGUAGUUAUAGUUUUUGCGACGGAAAAACAUAUUGUCGGUUAUUUCAAUUUGUGGCAAUAAAAGUGGUCUUGAUGUCUAGUUGUGCCUGGUUAAUCGGCUUCAUCUAUACAUUUAUCUGCCUACGAGGAUGCUCGCCGGAUCUCUGAGUAGCAGUGGAUCUCUAUACAUUUAUGUAUGAUAAUAAGUGAAAAAAGUAAACACCUCCAUUGCCCUUUUCUAAGGUGCUUUGAGAAGGAAGUGCUGGUGUUAGAAUUGUGUUCGGCAGGCAGGAUUUCGAGGUGAAGCUGAAGUCGUGCUACCACAAAGUUACACGUCCCUCACCUGUGACUAUCUGAAAGAGUACCGCUGCCGGUGGUUGCCCACCUCAAACCCGUAGCACGCAUUGCUGACACGCAUCAUCAUCAAUAUGAGGAAAUUAGGAGCAAAGUGUGCUGCUCUUCGGCUUACGUUGUUAGCAUCGUGCCUCGGAGGAUUCGUAUGUCAGGAGAGCGCUCGGGAGCCAAUGGAGUUGCAGAUUACUAAUGAGACUUAUGUGGAGUCUUCAUCUGUAGUUCGUCUCUCGGAAGUGGCGUCCUAUGACACGGACAGACGUUCUCCAGCAACAGCAACGUGCGAAGUGACAUCUUCUUGCGAUGACAUUGCGGGCUUCGAAGCGAUCCGGGCACUGCACCGCCAGCUCGAUGACGAUGCGUCAGGAACGGUCGAUAUUUCAGAAACGGACGAGUUUAUACGAGAUGAACUUCAAAACCCGAACGGCAAUGAACGGCAAAUAAAAGCUUUCCAUGGAACUGAUACGUCGAUAUCAGUUCUCGAAAUGUGGCUUGGUUGGAAAAAUAGUGAAGUUCACAACUGGACGGUUGAAGAGACAGUAUCGUGGCUGGUGGACUGUGUAGAUCUUCCACAAUAUGCGCGGGUCUUUCACGAGAACCGUGUCGACGGACGUGCCCUGCCGCGGAUGGCAGUCCAGAGUAAUGCGUAUCUAUCAAGUGAACUCGGUAUUAAGGAUCCGAUUUCGAAGCAGAAGCUCGUUCUCAAGGCUAUGGACGUCGUCCUUUUCGGUCCGCAGCGAAAUCACAACUGGCUCAAAGAUGUGAUUCUAGCGGUCGUGAUUUGUUUAGCUUGUAUGAUUGUGUGGUACCUAUACAAUCAGAAGCAAAGUUCAGACGAACAAGUUAGCAAGUUGAUGAAGGAGCUAGACGGACUACUUGAGAUGCAGCAGCAGCUUGACAAAGCCCGAAGCGAAGCUGAAAGUCCCCAAGAAGACAUUUCAGGCAAGAAAGAAGGUCUUGCCUACAACGAUCCAGAGAUGCAGAUCUACAAGCUACAAGAGGAGAUACGUUUUCUUCAUGAAGAAUUGGCGAAGGCGCAGAAUGUGCCGCGGGGAAUGGCCCCUCCCCAAUUACAGCACUGGCUGCAACUAACCCAUGAAAUCGAGUUAAAGUAUUUCCACGCAAAGAAGGCAGCUGCUGAGAAUCAGCUACGGAAAGCCAAGGAUGAAUGCGACAAGCUAAGACGUAAAGGGCAAAGUUUUAUGGGGCCAUUUAGGUUAACCCACGGUGGAAGCAUCGACGAUAUUGACACAACGAUUCUUAAAGCAAAACAAGCGCUGAUUGAGGUUAGUAACGAUAAAAGUGAAAGGCUGCAUCGCUGGCGGCAGAUUGAGCUGUUGUGCGGCUGUAAUAUCACGUUAAAUUGCGGUCUCGUGCAACUCGAGGCCCUUCUUCAUGGACGUGUCAUCAUCGCCAAUCCUGCGCAUGGCCACUCGUCUCAUGGCAACAACAGUAAUACGCCCACUGCCGGAAGCACUAAGAGCGUUAUUUCUCGAUCCGGCAGUGAGGGAACCUUAAGCGGAGACGACAGCCCGGGCUCAUCCUCGUACAACAAUAACAACAAUAUAAGCAGUGUAAACCAGUUGUUGCGAGGUUCGACGGCGAUUCUGCUGGCUCCCUCAUUACGGCAUCAAUGCUGCCUUGACCAGCAAGGUCAACUUGUAGACGUCGCCCUCAGUCAUCAGGUAUCCGGCACCCGAAGUUCUGUCGUAUCAGGCGCUGAAAGAGCGCGCAGCAGAAGUCUCUGUCCGGAGCCAAUUGACCAUCAUGCGGUUGCAUCGACUGCUAGCAUGUCGGUGAUGUCUUCUAAGGCGGCCAACACUGUAUAUGGUGUGCCUCCAUCCGGGCGACGUGUUGGAGUCCAACAAUCACAAAGUCUCUAUGGAGAUUAUUACGCGCAACAAAUUAUGCAACAGACGAUGCACGGUUUUCAUCAUUCGAGUGGUUCUGGUGGUGCGUUGGCGUCAUCGGGUAUCGGAGGUAUGCCAAUGGUUCCAAUGCCGGGAACGCCGCCUGGCAACAAUUCAGCGCCUUUGUCAGCCGUGCGCCGAGAGGAACCUGAUGGAGAUUUAACGCCGCAAGUUGGCCAUACCUCAGUGUCCUUUCACGUUGGAGCGAACGGUACCUCGCCCACAUCGGAGAAUGGAAGUGCAUUUGCUGCUCCAGUGAUGAGUUCGUCACGAGGGGUUCUUCUAAAGGGCACCAGCAUAGAUGGUUCUACCGAUGGUGCCCUCGAUGAUGAGCCGAAUGCCAACCGAAUCAGUAGCGCAAAACCUAAACGAAAAGAACUACUUAUAAAAGUAGGUGGACAACACAAUAUGGGGUACUUUAAUUGUAUUUAGUUUUAUCACUGCCAGUUCACCGGCUCAACAUGUUCCUAGUGGUUAACUAAGAGGAAGUGAAACGGUGCUGGCAAAAAAGGAAAACUACUUCUUCCUAUAACUUCCUACCUAAACUUUCCGGCCGUUAGUUACCCAGCUUAAACUCUGUAUUUUCGACAAUCAGUACUCUAUUAAAUUCGGGCUCGUUCUGAGCCAGAUGGAACAAACUAGCCUGUUGGUUUUAAAUGCAUUUUCUACUUUUAUCCUCAACAGUGCAUCAUCUAUUAAACCGUAUUAACCAAUUACUUUUCAUCAGUUUCGGACUUGAGCAAAUUAUCUGAGUAGGCCGUUUUCGAACUAAUUCUUUCUAACUUAACCAUAUAAUAUCUUACUUUCGACUCGCCCUUUUUGCCGCGCUGCUUCGCGACACAUCCCGAUUUGUAAUCGGCUCUUUCAGGGAGUGCUUUAAUGAACGCGAUUAGAAGCUCGCUCACGUCAGCAACAACUUUAGUCGAUUCGGAGGACAACUCUUCGCGAGGCUCGAC